GUUGUCUUGAAGAAAUGAAGGCUUAAGGACAAGUUAUCUAUCACACUGGAAGAUGGGAUCAAACAGCAGCAGAAUUGGUGACCUUUCUAAAAAUGAAUACUUAAAAAAGUUAUCAGGCACAGAAUCUGUCUCUGAGAAUGACCCAUUCUGGAAUCAGCUUUUCUCGUUUUCUUUCCCUGCACCAACUAGCAGUACGGAGUUGAAGCUUUUGGAAGAGACUACUCUUUCAGUCUGCAAGUCUUUAGUUGAAAACAAUCCUCGAACUGGAAACCUUGCUGCACUGAUUAAGGUCUUCCUUUCUAGAACCAAAGAACUAAAACUUUCAGCAGAAUGUCAGAACCACAUCUUCAUUUGGCAGACACACAAUGCUUUGUUUAUCAUUUGCUGUUUGCUGAAAGUGUUCAUCUGUGAGAUGUCUGAGGAGGAAUUGCAGCUUCAUUUUACUUACGAAGAAAAAUCUCCGGGCAGUUAUAGUUCUGAAUCAGAAGAUCUUUUGGAAGAAUUGAUCUGCUGUUUGAUGCAGUUAAUCACGGAUAUUCCACUCUUAGAUAUUACAUAUGAAAUAUCAGUAGAAGCUAUAUCAACAAUGGUUGUUUUCCUUUCCUGCCAACUCUUCCACAAAGAAGUUUUACGACAGAGCAUCAGUCACAAGUAUUUGAUGCGGGGUCAAUGUCUUUCUUACACCAGCAAACUUGUGAAAACUUUAUUGUAUAACUUUAUCAGACAAGAAAAACCACCUCCUCCAGGAGCCCAUGUUUUCCCUCAGCAGUCUGAUGGUGGAGGGCUGCUCUAUGGACUUGCAUCAGGAGUAGCAACUGGACUCUGGACUGUCUUCACGCUCGGCGGCGCGGGCAGCAAACCGCAAACUCCAGAGCUGCCUUCCCCUCUGGCCAACCAGAGCCUUCUGCUUCUGCUGGUGCUGGCCAACCUGACAGAUGCACCUGACGCACCAAAUCCCUACAGACAGGCCAUUGUGUCCUUUAAGAACACACAAGAUAGCAGUCCUUUCCCCUCGUCAAUUCCACAUGCUUUCCAGAUUAACUUUAAUAGUUUGUACACAGCUCUCUGUGAACAGCAGACAUCUGAUCAGGCAACUCUCCUCUUGUAUACUUUACUGCAUCAGAAUAGUAAUAUCAAGACAUACAUGUUGGCUCGUACAGAUAUGGAAAACCUUGUUUUACCCAUUCUUGAGAUUCUGUAUCAUGUUGAAGAAAGAAGUUCACACCAUGUGUAUAUGGCUCUUAUAAUAUUAUUGAUUCUCACGGAAGAUGAUGGCUUCAAUAGAUCCAUUCAUGAAGUGAUAUUAAAAAAUAUUACUUGGUAUUCAGAACGGGUUUUAACUGAGAUUUCAUUGGGGAGUCUCCUGAUACUGGUUGUAAUAAGAACCAUUCAGUACAACAUGACAAGGACAAGAGACAAGUACCUUCACACAAAUUGUUUGGCAGCUUUAGCAAAUAUGUCGGCCCAGUUUCGUUCCCUGCAUCAGUACGCUGCCCAGAGAAUCAUCAGUUUGUUUUCUUUGCUGUCUAAAAAACACAACAAGGUCUUGGAGCAAGCCACACAGUCAUUGAGAGGUUCGCUGAGUUCCAGUGAUGUCCCUCUACCAGAUUAUGCACAAGACCUAAAUGUCAUCGAAGAAGUGAUUCGAAUGAUGUUAGAGAUCAUCAAUUCCUGCCUGACAAAUUCUCUUCAUCACAACCCAAACUUGGUGUAUGCACUGCUUUACAAACGAGAUCUCUUUGAACAAUUUCGAACUCACCCUUCCUUUCAGGACAUAAUGCAAAAUAUUGAUCUGGUGAUCACCUUCUUCAGCUCAAGAUUGCUGCAGGCUGGAGCUGAGCUGUCAGUGGAACGGGUCCUGGAAAUCAUCAAGCAGGGGGUUGUUGCACUGCCCAAAGACAGGCUAAAGAAAUUUCCAGAACUGAAAUUCAAAUACGUGGAAGAGGAGCAGCCCGAGGAGUUCUUUAUCCCCUACGUCUGGUCACUGGUCUACAACUCUGCCGCAGGCCUGUACUGGAACCCCCAGGACAUCCAGCUGUUCACGAUGGAUUCCGACUGAGGGCCAGCUGCCACCUCCCACCCUGGCCCACUCUCCAGCCAAGCAGCUCUUCUAGUUAUUUCUCCCUGGGGAACAGAAGUAGCAGACACGUUGCCUCGUGUGUCUUCUCCAAAGAGGAUUACACAAAGCACGCUUCCCUUGCCACUUUGAUUUGGCGAAUCUGCGCCCAUUGGCAGUAGAUCACUCAGCUUCGAUUGUAGUACAGAAGGGGGCGGGGGGACACACACGACAAUAAUAAACAUGAAAACCCACUACUCA